UGGGUGGAGGGGGGUCAGCAGGGCUGAAGUAGACCAGCUUUAGUAGGGAAACAUGCAAGGAACUGUGGAGCUUGAGACAGACAACGGAGGGGUUAAUAAUGCUUUCAAUAAUGAAGGGGCCUAGAGUGGAAGGGGAGAGCUUCUUGGAAUCCCUGAUGAAGUGGGUCUUCCCCCAGACUGAUGUGUGGGAAGCCAGUGUGUUCAAAUGAUCAAUCAGAAGAAGAGAUGUGCACAACUGAAGAAGGGCCAGCAAAUUCAGGAAACACAAGGAAAGGGAAAAAGUCAGGAAAACACAAGGUUUGAAAAAAGGUCAUUCCAAAGGUGUGAAGAGUGAAAAUGUACAUUCUAUACAAUUCGGUGUUUUAUACGUUGGGGAAGACCCAUAUAUGAGCCUGAUGGUCAGACGUCAACAGUCUUUUGUUCAUAUUAGACAGUCGUUUCCUCCGCAGUCUCUCUUUAUUCACACUCGACUGAGAGAGUGUGGAGUUGUCAGUGUAUACUUUUUAUUUUGUGAAAUAUAGCAGGUGUUAAUGCUGAUCCUUGAUCACUGGACCAUGUGUCAUUCAGUCUCAGAGUAAAGCUGCAGUGUUUCUGAAAAUGUAAAUGUACAAAUACUUCAAUAUCUACUGCAGGAACAUGUAACUGAAUUCAUAUGAUCAUAUUCAAACUGAUCUAAAUAUAUAAAUCAGUCUUAAAACAGGCAACAAGUCUAAUAGCUUUGUGUAAUGACAUUAUGAGGAAGAAAAAUAUGAUGAAGGUGCAAUGUAUAAACCAUUAUAAAUCCACAAGGUUAUUUUGAUAUUUAAUAAAACUGCUGGACUCUAACAGGAACAUCUACAGGAUGUGUAAGAAGCACAGCUAAAAAAUCUUCACAGUUUGACCACAGGAAGAUACUGAUAUCCACUUUGCUCUAUGACAGACUUCCUUUACUGACAGCUGCACAUUUCAUUCUUCACACAGAGGCACAGACUGUCAGUCACGUCCAUACAGAGAUGCGUUAGUUUAAUUUUUUAUAGUUUUAUAGUUUAAAGAUGCUUCAACGUUCAUCUGAGCGAGUGGAGAUGGUGGUGGAAAUCUAUGAGACUGCAGAAACUGUUAGAGGUCAUGACCCUGAGACAGAGAAGAACAAUUGUGACACAGAGAGACACCUAGAAGAACAACACACAGGUAAACAGAAGUGUUUCAGUUUUAGUUCCAGAUUCUAUGUCAUGUCUAAUGAGACGAAGAGCUGGGAGGAGAGCAGAAAAGACUGCAAGGCCAUAGGCGCAGACCUGAUGAUCAUAAACAGCAAAGAGGAACAGGAGUUCAUCGUUAAACAGCUGGACAACCCUCAGACUUGGAUUGGUCUGAGUGACACAGUAAAUGAGGGAGAAUGCGUGGACGAUACACCACUGAACACUGGGUACUGGGCUCAAAGGGAACCAAAUAAUGACGGUGAAGAGGACUGUGUUGUGAUUUACGAUUAUGCUUCACAUUCGACUGCCAACUGGAAUGACCAGAAAUGUUCUGCUAAAUUACCCUGGAUCUGUGAGAAACAUGUUUUUCAAUGACGUGUAUCAUUUUAAAUGAAAAGUGCUAAAUCUAUACAAUAUCAAAGACAAUAUUUAGAUUAUAAUUGAGUUUCAGUCUCUGCUCUUGUUUCCUCUGUAAUCAUUCACAGAUACAGAGUGCACAAAUACUUUUCUUUAUCUCAUAGAUGUAUUGUAUAUUUUUUAUGAUUUUGAUGAUCAUGAUGAUGGAAGCAAUAUAAAUGAGAUAAUUAUAAUUUAAGUCCAUCUCAGUCACCGCUGUAUUAUACUGUAUCUUAUUGUUUCUAAAGCAGGGGUCUCCAACACAACACUCUGAGUAGCUCACCUAAAGGUUCAUAGAAUAUGUACAAAAUGGAUAAAAAUCAAAUGAAUGCCAAAAAAUAUUGUUAGUUUUUUGAACUGUGCCUGUCCUCUGACCACGAUUUUAGCUUCACAUUUUCUAGAAUGUUGUAUUGGACUCUACUGCUAAUAAACUCUGCAUACGGAUUCUCUGACAUCUGCUUCUGUGGGUUCAUUACAAUAUCAUGCAGCACAAAGACACAGGAUGAGUAUAUUGUACACAUUUAUUAUUAGAGCAGGUGGAGUUUAGAAAAGUACUAUUAUUAUGGUUUAAUUCUAUUGUCUGUUUUAUAUGUUGGGGAAGAACUAUAUAUGAGUCUGAUGGUCAGACAUCCACAGUCUUUUGUUCAUAUAAUGUAUAGAUAGUCAUUUCCUCUGCAGUCUCUCAUUAUUCACACUCUUAGGAGAUAAACACACAGCUUGUCAGUUUAUUAGUGAGUAAAAACAAUCUUCUCAGUCCUGAAGAUUGCUGCAGUUGUCAGUGUGUACUUUUUAUUUUGUGAAAUAGAGCGGGUGUUUAUGCUGAUCUUAGAUCAGUGGACCGUGUGUCAUUCAGUCUCAGUAGUAAAGCUGCAGUGUUUUUGAUAAAUAAGUAAAUGUACAAAUAAUUGCAUAUCUUCAUAAAUAAUAAAAUAAAUAAAUUCAUAUGAUUGUAACUGAUCUAUAAAUCAGUCUUAAAACAGGUAAAACGUCUAAUAGCUUUGUGUAAUGACGUUAAGAGGAAGAAAAAUAUGAUGAAGGUGCAAUGUAUUGUCACGAACACGGGAUAACACAGACCCAAAUGCAGGAUGGCAAAAAUAAACGGGGUUUAAUAACAAAAAAACACGAAACAAGACACGGACUAGAGACAGGACUAGACAACAGUAGACAACAGUAGAUUCUGCCGCACCAAGACCCAGCAGGAUAGCUUUAGCGUGGACUGGCCGAUUGGGAGCUUUUUUUAUUCCCCCUGGACUUCGCGGUUUUGGUGACAUCGGUCCGCACUUUUCCAGUGAGGGACGCCGCUCCGCUUCCAGUUUCUCCGCGGGGGGCGCCGCCUCACUUUCUGUUUGUGGGCCACGUCACCAGCCCGAGUUUUGUUUUGCUUUUUCGGUGUCCUGUGACAUCGCCCCGCAUUUGUUCCUGUCCGCGGGGGCUUUUGCAGGCCCGUGUUUCGCCCCAUGGAUUUUUCUGUGGAUUUUUUUCUGUUCUGUGGAGGAUUUUUCCUCCCCUCCCUCCCUCCCUUCCCGUUCCUGGUUUCGGAGAGGUGUGACUGGCCGCGGUGCGUCAGGGGUAGUGCUUGGCCCCCUGCUCGUCCGUGGAUGUCGCUCGGGCCUUCAGCUCGGCCGUGGCCGUCGUUCGGCCCUUCAGCUCGGCUGUGGACGUCGCUCGGCCCUCUCUGGCUAUGCCGCUGUGUGCCUUGCUCCCCCGACCUGCCUCGCUGUGUGCCUUGCUCCCCCCACCUGCCUCGCCGUGUACCUUGUGUGACGAAUGUUAAUAUAAGUGUAUGCUCAAAAUAUUAAUGUAUUUCACUAAUCAUCCUUUCAUUUGUAUGUAUUUACUUAGUAUUAAUUUGUUCACGAAAACCUUAUUAUUUUGUUUCGUAUCUUAUUUUUGCCAUUUUUGGAAAACGUUCUAUAUGUCUCUUGCGUGGCGAGGUCAUUCUUGUUCAGCCCGCGCUGCUUCCUCAGACCGCGGUGAGCGCGCUGAGAGGUAAGCAGUUAGUGGUGCUCUCUCCAUGUAAGCCUGUAAAAGUUUUGAAAAGUUGAUUAAGUUUAUAAUAUGUGGUAAUAUUAUUGUUCACAGUUUUUAAAUGUAUUAGCAACUGUUUUACAAAUGGAUGGGUUGGAUUUAAUGGGUUUAUUAUCGAGUGCAGCUGUUCGAUAUAUGUGUGUGCCCCGACAGACCGACAGACUACCUUUAAUUUGUGCAGGUGAAAAAUCACACACAGACUACGAUACUUAUGCUGUACUCUUUAAUCUGUCCAGGUAUUUACAUUUGUUCUAUCUCUCAAUGUAUUAAUUUUGUAUUAAUUAGUUUAUUUUGUAAUUCUAAUGGUUUAUUUUCUAAUUCUAAUGGUUUCUAAUGGGUAAUUUAAAACUAGCUGCAGGAGAUUAUUCUGUACAUCUGGACAAAUGUAAUGAUUCAUUUUGCAUUCAAUGCCAUUCAUAGUGUGUUUUAUAUAUAUUGUUUAUUGUAUGUUAUUAUUGUGAUGUUUACUGAGAUCACGGUGAGCGCGCUGAGGAGAGGUGAAAAAUCACACACAGACUACGCUAUAUUCUUAUGCCUUACUCUUUAAUCUCUCCAGAAUAAUCUCCCCAGUUCAGCAGCAGCUCCAGUUCUUCCGGGUCUUUUGUUACACAACGCAGAGCAUAGCAGUAGCCAGAGAUAGGCCGGUUACACUUGCUUCCCCCACCUGGACCCCGUCAGGACUGUCAGGACGGAUUGGCACGUCAGGAGUCGCGCCUUGAGGGGGGCUACUUCAGGACUCAGCCCGGACUUUGGCCACGUGCAUUUGUUUACG